ACUUACUUUUCUCUACCUACCUCUUCACAGCACCAUGUCUUCCGAAGACUUCAGUACCCUGAGUGGCGUGUACCCCGUGCUCACUGACGAGAGACUCAGCAAGGCUCUCUCUGACUGGUUCAAGGUGAACGUCACCUUUACUCGAUGGGAGUACGUUGGCGAAACAGGCAAAGGCGAUUCCUACUUAAGCGAACUGAUGCGCAUCAAUGUCUUCGGCAAAACAGACUCUGGUGAGCCUAAAAGUAUCAAAGUCAUUCUUAAGAGCAUCCCCAGAAGCAUCUCCCGUCGUCUCACCUUCAGGAGUGACGAGUUCUUUAAAAACGAAAUAAUUUUCUACACAGAAGUCCUACCAGCCAUGCUGAAAUUCCAAUCAACCAAAAACGUAUCGGAACCAUUCGACAACUGUCCCAAAGUCUUCCUAACGUAUUGUGACGGAGAAAACGACAUCGUUUGUCUCGAAGAUGUCUCUAUUUACAACUUCGUACCAUACCCUGUCAGGCAAGAAGGAAUAGACUACGCACACUGCAAGCAGACAUACAAAACUAUGGCAAAAUUCCAUGCGUUAUCUUUCGCAAUGAGAGACCAGGAGCCUGAAGAAUUUAACAGGAUAAGCAAUUUAAUAUUUGAGACCUACUUUGAUGAGCGUCUCUGGGAUUGGUACGAGACUUUUUGGAAGCGUCUGUGUGGUAUCGCCAUUGACGCUGUAGAAAAAGAAUAUCCUAACUCCAAAUACGUCGAAAAGGUAAAGGAAUUUGCUGUUCCGGAGAGGUACAAGGAGAUGAUAAAGGCAGUUAGAAACCGCAAAAAUGGAAUUAUCGCUCACGGAGACUCCUGGACCAAUAAUUUCUUAUACAAAUAUAUGAACGGGCGGCCCGUUGACGCUAUGAUGAUAGAUUUUCAGCUUACUAGAUGCGCUUCUCCUGUUUUGGACACAUCUUUUGUCAUAUAUGGGUGUACUACAGAAGAUAUGCGGGAGAAACAUUAUGAUGCACUGUUGGAGUUUUAUUAUGAGGUCCUUUCGAGCCAGAUACGGGCGUAUGGAAGUGACCCUGAUAAGGUUUAUUCACGGGCGACCUUUAUGGAGGAAGUGAAGAAGUAUUCAUUCUUUGGUCUGGCGUUUAGUAUUGAAUCGACGCCGCAUAUUGUACUGCCGCCCGAAGAAGCUUGUGAUAUGAACAUGGAGGGUGACAAAAAGCGCAACAUCGAUGAAAUCUGGCCAAUGACCCCAUUCAAGACCAAGGAGGGGCGCCAAAGAGAGGCCAACAACGUGAAGCACUGCGUCGACUACGGAUACAUAUAA